AUGGCGGAGACCGACAAAUUAAAUAUAGACAAUAUAAUAACUCAACUACUACAAGUAAGAGGUGCCAGACCAGGAAAAAAUGUUCAACUAACAGAAAAUGAAAUCAGAGGUCUGUGUUUAAAGUCCAGAGAAAUUUUCUUGUCUCAGCCAAUAUUAUUGGAAUUAGAAGCUCCUUUAAAAAUAUGUGGUAUGUUGUUUAAAUAUCCUGAAAAUUUUUUCCUGCUCAGAGGGAAUCAUGAAUGUGCAAGCAUUAACAGGAUAUAUGGAUUUUAUGAUGAGUGUAAGUGUCAAGUAGUAAUGGAAGACAUUUUCAGUAUUAAAUCAUACAAAAGUAAAAGAAGAUACAAUAUAAAAUUAUGGAAAACCUUUACAGACUGUUUUAAUUGCCUCCCAGUGGCUGCAAUUGUUGAUGAAAAAAUUUUUUGUUGUCAUGGAGGUUUGAGUCCAGAUUUACAAUCUAUGGAACAAAUUAGGCGCAUAAUGCGACCGACAGACGUACCCGAUCAGGGUUUAUUAUGCGAUUUGCUUUGGUCCGAUCCUGACAAGGACACUAUGGGUUGGGGAGAAAAAGGGAAGAUUAAAAGGUGA